UUUUCAUUUACUUGUAUAUAGUAUUGUAUAUAGUAUUUUAAAGGUACAAAAAUCAUACAUAUAAAUAACUGGAUUUUGAAAAACUAAAAAUGGCUGACAGUGAUGAUGACACUGAUGGUUUUGAGCCAGUACCAAGAAAAGAGUACGAUGUGAUAUACAAGGCAUUGGUUGUUGGUGAAUCAUCGGUUGGCAAAACAGCACUUGUUAGGAGGUAUAAAAAUCCAGAUAAGAAACUACCGAAUCUUUUGCCAACAAUAGGAAUUGAUUAUCGUACUGUGGAUAUGGUCAUUGAUGGAUUGCGAGUGCGUGUUCAAUUAUGGGACACAGUUGGUCAAGAAAGGUACAGAACAAUGACCAAAAACUUCUUUCGCGGUGCUAAGGGUGUUCUAUUAUUAUUUGACGUCACCAACCGAAAUUCCUUUGUUUUAAUCGAGGAGUGGGUAUCUAGUUUGAAAUCGUUUAACUUGGAUAAAGAAGAAGUUUUUCUUAUCGGCAAUAAAAUUGAUCUGGAUUAUCGAGAAGUAACGUACAAAGAAGGAAAAGAGCUUGCACUAGCCUGUGGUAUGAAAUAUUACGAAACAAGUGCAAAAACGGGAGAAAAUGUAAAAUCAACGGUUGAGUUACUGAUUCAUAACAUGAAAGAUUCCAACCAUCCAUUCGAGAAUGGACCAGUUCAUGUUAUUGACGGUGAUGAAUGGGAAGAAGUGUUUCGUGAUCGCAAAUCUGACAAUAAUAACAUCAAUCUAGGAAGGUUGGAGAGUGAAAAAAUAUCAGCAACUGGUUGGUGUUGUUACUCAUGAUCCAUGAGCUAUUUCUUUUUUUUUAAUUUUAACAAUUACAGAUUCAGUCUCAUUGUCAGUCUGCGCUUAGGCCCUGACAAGGCGGUGAUUUUUGACAGAAAAGUUUUUAGAUUUUUUUCUGAGACAGUUUGACCAUUGUCUUUUGAAUAGAAACACUAAGAAGAACCUACCUUAACUGAAGAAAAGCGCUGAUAUAGUAAGGAUCAAUAAGAAUUUUAAGUGGCAUAAAUUAUUUUUGACUGCGCAUGCGCAGUACUCCUAAUUAAUUGAUUUAACAAAAACUUUUACUAGCUAAAACGUGUUUCUACAACACGUUGAUGUCUGCUAUAAAUUACUAUUUUUUCACUCAACUUCGAUUCCAGCUUUCUCUUAUUGUUUACAACAGACUUUAAUUCAUUGUUAGAGAUACUAGUAACUAAUUAGAUGUAUACGAAAUAAUUUUUUACGGAUAUUUUUAAUAUAUGAACAUAUCUUUUCCAUUUUUUUUGUAUAAUAUAGAUAUUUAUAAAAAGCUUAUUCUCCGCGAUAUUAAAAUAUGUAUUUUAGUGCAAAUUUAUUUUAUUUUGAAAUUUAUUUUGUUAUUAAGAAAAUUAAGUAUUUUUGUAAGAACAAUGAACUGCAAGAAACCUUUUAAAAAACCAAAAUGUUUUUAUCUGACAAAUGAUCAGGGUCUUCUAUUUUGAAGGAAAAACAGAAUGCCAUGUGAAUCCGAUGAUGUUUGCGGGCUAAUACCAAGUGCUUUCAGGUCCUUACGUGUUUUUUCAAGUACUUAGAGCGCAUCUUUUCUCCAAGUUAUACAUGAAUACAUUUUUAUGGAACAUUGUGGUAUGCAAUUAUUUAAAUAAAAUAAAUUAUUUUGUCACAGUUGACGGCGGAGGAAAUUGUAUUUUAAAAUUUCUAUUGUGUCGCCUACAAUGUGGAAUUUUUCGUCGCAUGUUUUGACACCCCCCCCCCCCCCCCCCUUGUCGCAUACAAAAAGUACGUUUAUCCUGAGGGAAUUAGGAAGGGGGGUCAUGUGAUGACGAACAAAACGACCAGGGAUUCUAUAUACUAUGUGUACGUUUGCUUUCCAAAAAAAAUAUUUUUCUUUUUUUCUUUUUGAUUGAUUGUUUUGCGGCUGUGCAAUAUUGGAUUAGUUAAUUUCGAGAAGUAGUUGGUCGUAUUGUUCGCUCGAUGCGUAAAAAAAUCACCCCCCUGGAUUUUUGCCUUUCGUUAAUAAUGUUACGAGGGGGCUGACUUCUCGUUUAAUUUCCUAAAGGUAGUUAUCAGGAAUGGAAACAAGUUUUCUUACUUUGUUUUUGUGGAGGAGGCCUCAAAUACGUACAUACGGAGGGGGGAGUAUGCCAAAAGUAACUUUGGGCAGACAGCAUGGCGAAUACUUAGGCAAACGCAUUCUUUGAAUGUCCCCUUCCUCAAUUUUUCUUAGAUUUUUGCCAAAAGCAUUGACAUGAAAUUGUCAAUGUCAUAUCCACGACAUGUAGCUAGCACGCACAACGACUUUUAUUUUACACACUAUAAAUAUACUCUAUUUUAUUUGUAAUAAUUUCUAUAUAAUUACUUGAUUUCUAUUUUUUUGCGUAUUUAUAGUAUUAGUCACGCAUAAUAUGAAUUUGUUACAAAAUUUACAAA